AAAAAAAAAAACUUUUCCCUUGUGACGUGAGUCUCGGCCACCGGUCCUAAUUUUGGAAACGGGAAAUCAUCCAAAAGAUUCAACCCCCUGUGCUGUUGCCCUCUCCCACUUCCAUUCUGACCAGAUAUAAACUCUUCGUCGAUCUUCUCGGAGGAAAAAUAUAAAAGAGAGAGACGCCAAAAGGACAGUUUUUGCUGCAUUCUUUCUUCCUCUCUUUCUCUUCCCUCUUCGAGCCAGGCUUCGGCGAUAUCGAGAGGAGGCAAUCCCGGGGGCGGCCGGAGGGAGGGGAGUUGGUUCUUGAUCUCGCAGCGGAUCCGUCCGGAAUUGAGCCUUCUAUUGGCUUCUCCGGCGGGUUCUUGUGGCGGAGGAGGGCUUCGGAGUGGGGAUCUGGUGGGAGAUCGGCGGGAAGGUCGGUGGAGCUUUGAUCGGAGAGACCGGGGUUGGAGCGCUGGGAAGAGUUCUGAGGAGGGGGUGCGGAGAUGGCGAAGGUGCAGCAGAUGCCGCUGUCGAGCAUGAGCAUGGGGAACCUUUACGGGAGGUCGUCGUCCGAGGUGAAGGAGCCGAUGCCGAAGGAUUUCCCGAUGGGGAUGAGGGUUAUUGUGGUGGACGACGACACCACCUGCUUGAAGGUUUUGGAGCGGAUGCUUCUGGAAUGCGGUUAUAAUGUCACAGCUUGUACUAUGGCUACAAGAGCAUUAUCUAUUCUGCGGGAGAGUAAGGGUGGUUUUGAUGUGGUAAUAAGUGAUGUGCAUAUGCCUGACAUGGAUGGUUUCAAACUGCUUGAACUUAUUGGUCUUGAAAUGGAUCUUCCUGUUAUCAUGAUGUCGGCUGAUAUGAGAACCAGUAUUGUGAUGCAAGGAAUUAAGCACGGAGCUUGUGAUUAUUUAGCUAAGCCUGUACGCAUGGAAGAGCUGAAAAACAUAUGGCAGCAUGUUGUUAGAAAGAAGUGGAAAGAAAACAGAGAAGCUGAACAUUCAGAUAGCUUUGAGGACACUGACCAUAACAGACAAGUCAUUGAUGAUGCUGAAAAAACUUCCUCAGGAAAUGAUGCAACUGAUAGUAUCUGCAAAUCUCAGAAAAAGAGAAGAGAUUGUAAAGAAGAUGAUGAAGGGGAACCAGACAAUAUGGAUUCUUCAUCAAAGAAACCACGUGUAGUGUGGUCUGUGGAACUUCAUCAACAAUUUGUCAAUGCUGUAAACCAGCUUGGAGUGGACAGGGCUGUCCCCAAGAGAAUUCUUGACUUGAUGGAUGUUCCAGGUCUGACGAGAGAAAAUGUUGCGAGCCAUUUGCAGAAAUUCAGAUUGUAUCUGAAGAGACUGAGUUCAGCUCAACACCACACUGGACUUCCUAUUUCAUUGCCUGGCGCUGGCUCAAAUGCAGAAGUGCCCUCACUUGGAAGCCUUGAUUUCCAAACUUUGACUAUCUCAGGUCAAAUUCCUCCACAAACGUUGGCUGCUUGGCAAGAUGAGCUCUUAGGCCGACCUGCUGGCAGCUUAGGAAUGCCAGAAAUGGACCAACCAAUUCUUCCACAAGCCUCAAUUCGGGGAGCUAAAUCUGUUCCUGUGGAACAUGGCAUAGUGUUUGGUCAACCUCUGAGAAAAUGCCAGGCCAACAUGCCCAGACAGUUCCCUCAAUCAAAUGUAGCUGUUAGGGGCUUGUCUUCUGGUUUUCCUACUUGGUCCUCCAAUAACCUUGGGGCAGUGGUCUCUGGCAGCAAUCUUGGAGGGUUAAGUAGCACUCAGAAUAGUAACUUGCUGGUCCCGAUGUUACAGCAGGAACAACCUCAUCCUGUGCUAUCAGAAUCCCAUCGUGCAAUGACUGUGCAACCAUCUUGUCUAGUUCUUCCCUCUCAGGUGUCGAAGAGGUUUCAGGUAAGGGAGAAGGCUGUGCUCGUGGAUCAGAACUCUGUAGUAGUGCCCUCUCAGUCAUCGACUAGUUUACAAGCAGAGAAUAAUCCUACUCCUAUGAAUCAGACCUCUAUAUUUGCUCCCCCGAGGUCAUCGGCCAGUAUGCAGGCAGGUAAUAAUCUUAGUCUCAUAGGUCUGAAUUCAUCAUCGACCAGUUUCCAAGGUGGAAAUGAUCCUGGUCUCAUAAAUCAGAACUGCAUGCUAGUCCCUCCGCAGCUGUUGACUAGUUUUCAGGAAGGGAGCGGUACUGCCCCACUUAGCUAUAGCUCCAGAUAUAAGAACAGCAGUGCAAUUGUGGACUACAGCCUACUCUCAUCUCAGUCAAAUAAUGCACAACUGGGUCGGGCACAAGUCUCGGAUGAAGGCUUUAAAGAUAUCACUGUACUAAAUAAAUACUCGAUUCCUAAAUCAAUUUAUUCGUCAGUGCCAUCCUGUACUGAUGUCAGCACUGGUUGGAGGGCACAGACCCCUGAUGGGAAUAUUGGUCCUGUUAAUCAAUCACCUUGUCUCGUGCCUAAUUUGAUCAACGUUCAGGGUGCUGGUGCAGUGUCACAGACUUUGCCUAAUCAGGGACAAGGGAGAAAUCUUGGUUUGCCUAACUUGAGCAACAUCCGGGGUGGUGAGACAAUGUCACAGACUUUACCGGAUCAAGGACAAGGGAGAAGUCUUGGUUUCAUUGGUCAAGGUACUCGCAUGCCCUGCCAGUUUGCUGUGGAUGACAUUAAAUCUCCCACAAAUGGCUCGGGUCCUGAUGAUGAUAGAGACAUAUUGAACCAAGCUUUCUUUGGAUUUAAUGGUGAUCCUUAAAGAGUGGAAACCCAAUGAGUCCUCGUAUUUCCAGCGACUUCAUGAAUGUUCUCUCUAAGUAGGGAUGGAGCAGUAGAAUUCUUCUGGAAAUCCUAGGCAGCACUUCACAUGCAUUCUUCAGGAUAUCUGGUUCAGUCUUUCCCUCCCCGCUUCUUUCUUAACCUUUCUAACUGUCAUUUGGGUUAGUCAUCCUGCUCAGGUUCAAAAAUCCUUAUGGGAUUUGGUGCUACCUGUCCUGUCCUGUCCUUGGAGGCUAGUGGGUUCUCAAAUUAUUGUUUAGCCGCAUCUUUACCUGUUGCCCAAGUGUUGGGUGAAUUGAAAUAUUACUUUCAUUGAAUUUUUACAGUUGUGGUGAAAUUGAAGGAAUAAGCCCCACUUGCGGCUGUGUUAAUUGGUUUAAUAUGUUGAUUUGGUAGAAUAAUCCAACUCCAUCUCUAUUCUUAUUUUUAUAA